CUCACUCGGGACCAUGAGAGCCAGCUUCCCCGGGGCCGCGUGUGGGUCGAGGAUGGCCACCCAGCCCACCCCUCGCUGCCCCCCACGGUCCUGCGCAUUCUCCUAGCGUCCAGACUGAGCGGCCAUGCCAGGGGAGCAGCCCCUCGGAGCACUGCCCCUGGCCAUGCCCGGAGAUCUGCAGCCCCGCCCGGCCUGCCACAACUCGGGGUGCCCCUCCCGGCCCCCCAGCGAGGAUGGCACCGAGGCCUGUAGGACUGCCAAGGGCACAAGGGAGGUGCGCAGCAGGGCCCAGGCCACAGAGCUCCCUAAGGCUCAGCCACAGCAUGCUGGUGAGAUGGAGCCCAAGGCCCUGAGCAGCAGCCUGUGGCAGCCCAGAAAGGGGGGCAGCCCCCAAGGGCUCCCCGGGAAAAGCCACGUACAGACACGAGCCCGGCGACCCGGCAGGGGGAAUGUCGGCCCUCAGCAGCUCUACAGACUGAGCAUCGCUGGCGCAAAGGACAAACGAGCCCCGGACAAGACCCCAGAGGGCCCAUCGCAUGAGGCCACCCAAGGCCCAGUCACUGGAGCCCCCCUCACAUCCAGCCUCCCGAGGGCCAAGGCCCCACCUGCGCCUGACCAGCUCAGCUUCCAAAGGUGCUUCCCAGAGACCCCCUCCAGCUUUACCUCCACCGACUAUACCUCACCUAGCCCCACCCCUGGGCCCCCAACCUUGAGUGCCCCCCAGUCCCGUGGGCCCAGCCCCAGCAGGCCCAGCCCCUACUUGGAAUUCCCGGCCAGUGGGGCCAACUCCUGGCCUCCUGCCGCUGAGAACAGCUUCCCAGGUGCUAAUUUCGGGGUCCCUCCCACAGAGCCUGAGCCCUUUCCCAAAGGCAGUGGACCGAGCCCCAACCCCGGGGUGGUCUCCUUUCAGUACCCCUUCCCGGCACUGCAUGGAGCCGGCCCAAAGCCCUGCCCCCUGGACACAGCCCGGCAGGAGUAUGCCGACAAUGGGGCCAUGGUCUUUGCCUUUCACGCUACUCAGGGCGCAUGGCCAGAGGAGCCAGUGGGCACUAACCCGGCCUACCCACUGCCCGCCCAGCCGCCGCCCUCAGUGCUGCCCUGCUACCAGGGCCCGGCAGGCAGCCUCAAGACACCCCACGACCUCAGUGGAGCUCUCUCCUCCCCUGGUGUUGCUGCUCCAGCCCCCAGCCCCUUACUGGCCAGUCUGCACAAGAGCCUGACCCCAGCCCUGCCUGAAAGGCCACCAUCAGCCCAUGAUGAGGCAGCAAGUCCAAGGGGGCCCCCAAACCCUCUGCCCCCAAUGCACUUUCUGGGCAAAGCCUAUGGCAGCCCCGCAGCCAGCGUCGUGGGCACUAGCCCAGGGCCUCUGGAUAAGGAGCUUGCCACCCCAGGACGCACGCCCACCCCACGGCCCCAGCUGUGGGAGGGGGCCAGUAAGGCCCUCCCCCUGAUGGACGCUGCCACAGCCCACCACCCUACAGCACCCCCGCCCCCCGCAGCCACAGCCAGGGGAGCGUUCUUCAAAGGCCAGGGGCUCUGCCUUCCGCAUAGCCCCCCACUGCCGUGGCCCCCGGUGCUCCCAGUCACUGGUCCCGGCCCCCCAGCAAUGGAGUUGCUGAACCGGCUGCCAUACCCCUCCGGGGCCCCUGAGUGGCCAGGCAGCAGCCAAGGAGCCCUGGGUGGCUCUGGCCACACUCCUGGGCCAGCGGAGAAGCUGGCAGCGCCGAGGAAUGGCCCAGGCACGCCCAGCGGCAGCCCGCCUGGGCUUUUCCCGUACAGUGGCCUGCAGGACACAGCCUCCCAGCCCCUGUUCUUUGGGGUGACCCCACCCCAGGCUUCACCCCGCCGGACCCCUGGCCUGCCCCCACCCAGAGGAGUGGGCGCCUCCCCAAGCGAGUCCCCGCUCCCCUCGCCUGCCACCACCGUGGCCAGCAGCAGCUCCUGCUCAUCCUUGUCACCGCUGUCCAGCAGCCCAGCCAAUCCCAGCUCAGAGGAGGGCCAGCUGCCUGGGCCGCUGGGACCCUCAGCCUUUUUCCACCACCCCACCCACCCCCAGGAGGGUGGUAGUGCCUUCCCGCCCCCCAAGCCCCUCCCCACCAUCCCCAUUCACUACCACCCUGAGCCACCCAAGGCCUUUCCAUUCCCCUCGGAGGCGCUGGGGGCUGACAGGGCCUUUGAGUGCCUGGAGAAGGCACCGUUAGCUGGCACAGACCCAGGGUCGAGCAGAGCAGCACUGGGCAAUUUUUCCCGGGAGCCACCUCCGUACUCGGCCCACCACUUCCCCCUGAGCAGCGCCAGCCUGGACCAGCUGGAUGUGCUGCUGACCUGCCGGCAGUGUGACCAGAACUACAGCAACCUGGCCUCCUUCCUGCAGCACCGGCAGUUCUGUGGCUUGCUGCUGCCCAGGGCCCCCGAGGGCCCCCCACGGCCACCCACUUCCCCAGUGCUGACCACCCCCAAGGCACCAGCCGACACACAACACCCGAGCUUGCUGGGCCAUGCCAAGAUGGCCAGCUUCCUGCUGGACGGGGAUGUCCUCCAUGGCCUAGCUGCCACCCCCUUGCCACUCCCAGCCUCGGACCUGGACCUGGAGGACGUUGCCAAGCUGGACAGCCUCAUCACCGAGGCACUCAGUGGCCUGGAGGAUCCAUCGGGCACCCCCGAGAUCGACAGCAGCUUCAUCGACGUUUUUGCUGAUGAAGACCCUCUGGGCCCUAGAGUCCCCAGCACUGGGCAGCCCCCCAAGACUAGGGUGGGGGCUACUUCGGAGGCCAGGGCCCAGUCCCUGCUCCCAGCCCUGGCACCCACACCAGAGCCCAGAGCCCCCUGCCCUGGGGCUCAAGGCUGCCCACCAUGCAGCAGGCCUGAAACUCGCUCCCGGGGCCCAGCCCCCCUGGAGACAGAUGAGGCAAGCCUGGCCGGGCAGCCCAAGAGGGGCAAGCGGUUCAAGUUGCUCCGGGAAGGGCUGGACAAGGCCCCAGGGCCCGAUGGGGGCUCCAGAACCGUCUGCCUGAGGCCCAGGAAGAAAAGUGGCAGAGCAGAAGCACCCCCACCCCGAGUGCGAGACCUCCGGGCCCAGACCCCCAGGGGCCACACAGACACCAGUGGCCAGGCCCCGAGCCCCAGCUCUCUGCCUGUGCAGACCCGGAGCUCCCGGCCCCUGCGGCCACCCCGCAGGAAAGAAGCCCGGAGGAGGGCGGCCCGGGGCGGCCGCUGGAACAAGGAGCUCAUCCACAGAAUUGUGCAGCAGAAGAAUGAGCUUCACCGGCAGCGGGAGGGCCGAGGUCAUGAUGGCCAUGUCUCCCUGGUGGCCACGCGGCCCUCACCCAGCCUCGCCGACGACAGCUUCCGAGAAUAUGAGUACGCCUCUGAGUCUGAGGAGGACGAGGGCCUGGGGGCUCCACCUGACCCUCCUCAGCGGGCGUCCCGUGCCAAAGGCCGGCCCCGCCUCAACUGCCAGGGGCGACACCGAGGGGAGAAGAGGAAAGACAUGAGGGCCAGAGUGACCCCAGGCCCCCGAGAGGAGCAAGACCAACAGACGCCCAAGGAGGUUGUGAGGCAGGAAGCUGUGGCAGACAGGGAUUCCCCAGCCCCAGAGUCUCCAGGUGGGGCUGCCCCAGGCCCAUUGCAAAGCCUUGGGCUUGGAGAGCCUCAGGGGGAGAGAGUCCCCAAGGGUGCCAGUCACACUUCUGUCAGCACAGAGACCCCUAAGGAAAAUUUCCCACCCCUGGGCUUCUUCCAUGAGACCAAGCAUGCUGAGAUUGCUCAAGAAGCCCUGACUGGCACUGCCAAACUUCUCAGAGAGGUUACCAGCCUGUCUCCGGGAAAUGGUGUGGUAGGAGGCAGCAGCCCCCCAGCCACAGAGCAGCCCCAACCCGGCCAGGAAGACACCAGCCAGCCCCAGCCAGCAGGAAGCCUCACCAGCACAGGGCCAAGGGGACACAGUCCACCAGCAGGUGUAGAUGGCUGGCCCCUUGUAUCUCCCGACAGAGGGUGCCCCCCCAAGUUCCAACCAGGAGAACUGCUCAUGCCCACUGCAGGUAUCACAGAUGCUGCUCACCCCAUACCCACCACCCUGCUUUUGAAGAGCAAGGGUCUUGGCUGGGACCCACCUCAUUGUAAGGGAGACCCUGUGGGGGUCCUUAUUGCCAAGAAAGGGCCCCAGGCCUGCAGAAGCCCCCCCAGUGACUUACUCCUUGAGCCCAAAGAGCUGGCUAAACCCUGCUUCAAAGACUUGUGCUCCAAACCCUUAGCUCCGAACGGGCCAGUUGACAGCUUGCGCCUUUGCCCGGACAGUAUGGACACUAGUCGCCUCGUGCCAAAGCCUCCCAGGAACGAAUCCUACCCCGCUGAAAUGGAGCCCAGCAACGUGCAGUCCCCACUGACCUUGGAGCCCACCUCGCUGUUCAGCAGGCUGCCAGUGGACAGGUUCGAGCCUCCGCUGUAUGACAGCCUGCUGGUAAAUAAGGACAACCACGUGCUGCUUACCUGUGCUGACCCGCCCUCGAGGAGGUCCCUGCUGGACCCUCCGUACUCAGCAUGUGCGCCCCAGAAGAACUGGCCACUGCCGGAGGAAGUGUCCCCUGGGCUGCCCAGCCAUAUGGGCCGCUUCACUGACCCCCCAGGGGGAAGGUCUUGUAGCCAAAAGUGUCUUGGUGAGAGGCCUGCAGCGCCCAGCCAGCCCCCUCCACCAGGGAAGGGAAGUGAGUGUGGCGCCACCUUUGGGAGCAGCCUGUCAGAGGAGGAACUAGAGAUCAAACGGCUGGUCACUGAGCUGGAGAGCCAGCUGCAGACAAGCACGAUCGAGGGCCAGGCCCCCAUGCUGCCUGACACAGAGCCCACAGGCAGCAAAAGCCUGGGGAGGUGCAUACACCAGCCCCCCACAAUGCCCGCCAGCCCAGCUACCACACCCCAGCAGGACAUGUUCUUGGCAGAUGGCUUUGCUGGUCUUGGGAGAUCAAGUCCACGUGAGGACAGCCGGGAAACGGCAGUGGCAUCCGAGGAAGGGGCCCUGGGGAACCCCCAGGGGUGCUGGCCUUGCCCAGCCCCCCGCCCCCUGGUGGCAUUGGCCCUACAUCCUGGUGUCCAAGAAGAUGUGGGGUCCGCAGCUCCUGUCAGCCCCCCUGGGGCCACCCAUACUGUUCAGAUGGCCAAAGUCCAGAGGACAGAGCCUGCCCAGGCAGAGAGGCAUGGUGGGGUCUGGCUGGGCAUGGGAUUGCCCAACCCCCUGGAUGCCAAGAGUUCCACAGAACACAGCCCAGAUGGCGAGCCUUGGUUUCCUAGAAGUAACGAGACCACCAGAAUCCACCCAAGUGGGGGGAUCCCGCUGCUGUGUCCCCCAAAACAAGGAGGGGGCCUGUCCCCAGAGCCCCUCAAGGCAGGGGGGCCAUGCCAAGAUACUCCCGAGUUGGGGACAGGCAGCAGCCCCACCACCCGUCCAACGCCUGGUGUGGAGGGUCAAGGUGAUGGGUGUCUCCAUCUGGGGGCCAUACCCCCCUCUGGGGCCAGACACUAUGGUGCCCCCCAGGAGCAAUCAGUGGGUAAAGAGUGGUCUGAGCCAGGGAAGGUGCAGUUGGGCCCUGUGCUGCAUCCUGCCCACGUGCCCAAUGCUGGUCCGGGGAGCGGGCCCCAGACCCCAGCUGACAGCCCCUUGUGUCAGCUCCAGCUCCUGGUGGCCAGAGCCGCUGAGAGUGAAGAUGGAGCCAAGUGCCCGCAGCACAGCAAUCCCUCAGGUCCAGGAGGGGACGGUGUAGAUGAUGGGAGCGUAGCCCGAAGCCAAGCCCAGGGCUCCAAGGGAGAUGUGCAAGGGACUGCUGCCCCUGCCGUGGCGGGAUGUCCACUGGGGCCAGUGGCAGAUGGACACCUGGCCUCACUCACCCAGGCCAAGUCUCAGGCCCCAGAGCCCAAGGGCCAAGGCCAAGCCUGCCAGCUGCAGCCACAGGAGCAGGGGUCCCCAGGGGAUCCAGGUGACCUCGCCAUGGACAAGACUGAGCCUGGAGCCACACCGACCAGGCAUGCUGGGGGAACGGGCAGGCUUGGAGGACAGCUUGAGGAAGGCAGGGCAGCCUGGAGCCUUCAGUUCGAGGCAGGGGAACCCCCGAGUCCCAUCCCCCCUGACAGAGAGGCCUUGGUGCUGGCCCUGACAGGUGCCCAUGGCAAAAAGGGAUGUGAGGACCGAACUGCAGAGAAGGUGACAAACCCAGGCCAUAGGAAGCAGUUGUUGUUUGCUGGGGGGAGUCCAGUGCACUCCGUCAGAGACCUGGCCCACUGCACCCCCUCACCUGCUUCUGCAGCUCCCCUAGGGCCCUGUGACCCUGAGCACGUGUCCCAGGACAACUGUCCCUCUGUACCUGCAGGUUCCACGGGGACCCAAGGCAAGCCAGGGGAGCUGCUCUCAGCAUCUCCAUCCUGCGGGGACCCCCCUUGCCUACAGCAUCUGCUGGCCCCUUUCCCCACCUGGGCACCUCUGCAAAGGGCCAGCUGCACCUCCAGCCCCACCAGUGCUGGGGCUGAGCAGUGCCCAGCCUUGCCCCCACCUGGGAGGACAAGCCCCUGUGGCCCUGCGGGAGGCCUGGCAGACAGCAGCCUCCUGGAGGAUGCCCUUGCAGGGGACCAGACUGGCUCAGACUUCACCCCUGCCUCUAGGAGGCACUGUCCUGACAGCAGCAUUUCCAGAAUGCUAGAGGAUUCUGGAAAAGAGAGGCCGAGGGCAUCCUCUACCCAUGCACCCCCAUCUCCUUCAGCAGGACCCGUCUCCCCGCGAGGGACCGGCAAGGCCCCUGGCCAUCCCACUAUUGUGGAGGCGGCCGGAGGGCUUCGGACACCAAAUGCCAGGGCUGUGUCGCCAGGAUCCUGCUGUCCCUUCUCAGAUCCCCCAAGGAGCACUGACCCCCCAGGCCCUGGGGAAGGCCAGCACGUCACAGCCAAACCAACAGACACGUGUUCCGUGGAUUCCCACUCCUGCCUGGAGGACGGGGCAGGGGCCAGCAGCGAAGGCUGGGAGGACCCUGUGACACCUGGUGCUGGAUGCUCCGGUUCCCCUCAGAGCCACAGACAUGCCCCCCGCCAAGCACACGGGGGAGACUCUGUGUGUCUCCAAGACCCCAAGCAGAAGCCCCGGGGCUUUCAAAAGAAGCCCUGGCCCUUGGAACACAGUCAGAAGAUGGAGGGCCCGGGCCUGGGGGUACCCCCCCUUGUCACCUGCGAGAUCUGCCGGGCCUCCUUCCGCUCAGGACCCGGCCUGAGUAGGCACAAGGCCAGGAAGCACCGCAGCGGCCCCUCCUCACAACACCAGACCGGCCUCCCCACCCACAGGGCCUCAGGGCCCACAGCCAGCACACCCCGGGCCCCCAGGAAGAAAGGCCGCAAGGCACUGGGGAAAGAGAAACCGAGGAGCAGGCUCACAGGGCCCAGCCUCACUGAGGGGCUGCCUUCCCCUAGCCAGGUCUUCACUGAGGACAGGCUGGGAACGCAGAUGCUUUCGGAGGCCAGGCAGGGGCUCAGCGUUCUCGGGGCACCAGACUCCCCACCCCACCCAGAGCCACGGAGCCCAGACCCACUUGGCCAAGGAGUAGGCAUGAUGCCUUGGGCCCCCAGACCCAGGAAGUCUGACAAGCUGCAGGGGAACAUGCCCCACCCAAAACAUGCAGAGCUGAGAGGAGUCCAGAAAGGCAAAGAGCCGGGGGGCCUCCCCAGUGACUUGGAAGAGAAAUCAAAUCAGAAAGAGAGGAAAGCAAGCAAGAGAAAGUUCCGGAAGAAGAGCAGGGCUUCUGACUUGGGGGAGAGUCGUCCUCAAGUCGCCCCUGAUGUGAUUCGAGAUAGACCCAGCUCGAAUCCAUCAAGUGCGAUUGCCAAUUACCCAGCCCGGCCAAGUGGCUGCCUCUCACCAGAGGGUGAGAAGCGGACAGAUGGGGGGCAGCCACUGUGCCUUGCAAUGCCGGGGCUGGGGGUGAUAGGGGAUUCAGAGGGCAUGGGUCCCAGGGCACUGUGCACCAAGGAGACGCAGGCCCAGAACCCACACGGAGACCCGAUGACCCCUCGCCUGGCAGGACAGGAUGGGUCAAGUGGGUUCUGGGGACUGAGAGAGCCCAGAACACUUGGCACUGGCACAAAGCCAUCACAGGCAGCCGGGAGCAGGGCUUCAGAUGACAGCAGGGGGGCCGAGAACAGGGCAGGGGAAGGCGAGAUGGGGCUGCCCAAGCCCCCGUUGGAGCCCCCAGGUGCUCCCAAGGCUUCCAGUUCUGAAAUGAGUAGCCCCGUUGGCUGCAGCCCCCAGGGCUUCUUGGACCACCCAGAAGCUGAGGACUGCAUUCAGGAGCUCCAGGGCAAUGUGUCCAGAGCCUCCAGCCCAGGUUUUGGGGGUUCUCUGGGCCUGUUUGACGACGAGGCCUUGUUUUCUCAGCUCUUCCCACUGGGUGACCGCUUGACCCGGAAGAAGAAUCCCCGUGUCUAUGGGCAACGCGGUAAGAAGCCAAAGCCCCCACCGCCACCCCUAGAGCCGAGCAUUGAGGUGCGGGGGCCCACCACGCCAUGCUCCAUCCGCCUGCCCACAGACCUGAGUGACUCAGGUUCCCCAUGCCUGUCCCAUGAGGAGCCAUGGGCGGAGGAGGCCCCCGGCCUCCCUGAGGCCUUCGUCAUCGAUGGCUUCCUCAGCAGCAAGGUGCCUGGGAUCGAGCCCUGGGCCCCCAGCCCCAGCCUGUGGCCCCUGGAGCAGCCUGAGAAGGGACCCUCCCCAGUCACUGCCCCCACUGAGGAGGCGCCCACUGGCCCCCACCUGGACAACCUGUCAGAGGGCCUCCCUGAGCUGCACAAGGUCCCGGCUGCCUGGCGAGGCCUGGAGCAGCAGGCACCCCCUGAUGAGGCCUCUUCCUCUUUGAGGGAAAUGAGCCCUGAGCCCCCCAGCCUAGAGAGAGAAGGCUCCAACGUCGGGCCCCCCGGGAACACAGGCCUGCCACAGUUCCCAGCCCUGGAUUUCAACGCACUCCGCACCAAGUUUGAAAUGCAAGACCUGUGCCUCUUGGGGCCCUGUGAAGGCCCUGGGGGGCUCCCCGGCAUGAGCUUUCUGGACCUCCAGGCCGAGGCGAGCUCUCAGGGGUCACAAGACACAAGGCCAGAGGCAGCGGGCAGGAGCCCUGACCGAGACCACCAGGUGAAAGCCAAGAGGGGCACCUACAAGUGCAAGGUGUGCUUCCGGCGCUUCGGCGGCCUGGGUGAGUUGGACCUCCACAAGCUAGCGCACAGCCCCUCACCGCCACCCACCUGCUACAUGUGCGUGGAACGCAGGUUCAGCUCUCGCCAGCUGCUGCGCGAGCACCUUCGCGAGAAGCACGUGCAGUGCAAGGCAGGACUGUGGGCCUGUGGCAUGUGCCUGCGCCAGGUGCCCGAUGUCUGGAUGUACAACGAGCACCUGCGUGAGCACGCCGUGCGCUUUGCCCGCCGGGGCCAGGUGAGGACGUCUCUGGGGGACCUGCCCGGCUGCCUGGAGGAGGGCAGUGUCAUCCCACACUUCCUCAACAUCUUGGGGCAGGCCUCCCAGCCCCACAGAGGCCAAUGCGCCACCCCCAAAGCCAGUGGGAGCCCUGGAGAGGCCCCAAGGAGGACGAAGGCAAAACCCAAGGCUCCCAGGGCCAACCCCUCAGGCCAAGAUGGCACCUUGAUGCCAGGCAGUGGCUUGGUCAACACCAAUGUCUUGGCCAAUGACAACCCACCCAACCUUGCUUCAUCCAGUGCUGCCAACGGGCCUCCCAGCCUGUCCCCCAAUCCCCGGUCCCUCAGUGAACCCCUCCUCAGAGCCAUGCCUGUGCAUGCAGACUGCAAGGACCCCUCCCGCCACUGCCAUCACUGUGGGAAGCAGUUCCCCAAGCCCUUCAAGCUACAGCGCCACCUGGCGGUGCACAGCCCACAGCGUGUCUUCCUGUGCCCCCAGUGCCCGCGUGUCUACGCAGAGCACCGCCAGUUGCUUGCCCACCGCGGACAGGAGCACGGGGCACAGGAGGAGCCAGAGCAGCUGCCUACACCACUCUACACAUGCGAGCUCUGCGCCACCGUCAUGCGCAUCAUCAAGCGCUCCUUUGUCUGUAGCGCCUGCAACUACACCUUCGCCAAGAAGGAGCAGUUCGACCGCCACAUGGACAAGCACCGAAGGCCUGGCCAGCAACCCUUUGCGUUCCGUGGUGUGAGGAGGCCAGGGGCCCCAGGACAGAAGGUCCCAGCUCUCGAGGGCUUGCAGCCCAGCAAAAGGCGCCGAGUGGCUGUGCCUGGCAGUACCCUAGCGCCUGGCAUGGACGGGCCCCAAUCCCGGGGCAGCAGCCCUGCCCCAGGCACCGUGCCCCCCCAAGCCAUGUACCUGCUCUUCCCAGAGCCAGCUCCCAGCACCACCCAGGGACAGUCCCAGACCCAGGAAAUGACCCUGAACCCAGAGGGCAACCCAAUGAGGGCAGGCGACCCACUGCCUGACUGCCAGGAACUUCUACCCCCACCCCUGUCUCCUUUCUUGGCCCCCCUGGCUGGCGGCCAAGGUGGGCAAGAGGAUGAAGGCCCUUCUGGCAGCCCUAAGCCCCUCCGACCGUACACUGUGCCACCAGAGCUGCCCCUGUCCCCACCCGGGGCUGGAAGCCAAGACACAGAGGAAAAGAUGGCUUCUUGUCUGUUCUCGGGGAAGCACAGGACCCCAGAUUCCCCCAGCGAGUGUGCCCCUGACCAUUCCCUUGAAGACCCUUCCCUGGCCCAGAGAGACAAACAGAUGCCCAGAAGUCAUAUAGUGCCUGAGGAGGGCUUGGGGGGUGCCUCCCACAAGGGGGGUGCCGCAAAGGCCGGGAGUACACGGGCUUCAUCGGAGGGCAGGCUGGCGGUGUCUACCCCAAGUAAACCACCUGCAGUUCCAGUGCCACCGAGGAAGGCUGUGCUGAGCCGGGCCCCCACAGAGCAAGCCCAAGAUGCUGAGGACAGGCCAAGGUCCACCAUCCCCAAAGCUAAGCCAGACCCCAGCUCUCAGGGCAGUGGGGACACCCGACACAGCACCACAGCAGGGGGUGGCAGCCAGCCCCAGCCGGCCAGUGGGCAGCUCCAAAGUGAGACAGCCACCACCCCCGCCAAGCCCCCUUGCCCAGGCCAGAGCCCCCCACCAGCCAAGCCCCCUCCCCAAGCCCCAGCCAAGGGUCAUAGCCAGGGGCUCAGGGGAGCCAGGGAGCAGGGGCCCCAAGGCAGCCCAGCCCCCAGAGAGAGCAUGGGAGGUGAUGGGAGAAAGAAGAAGGGCCGCUUCCCUGGGCCCACAAGGAGUGGAAGUGUGGGGGGCCUAGGGAGAGCUCUCUUGGUGCCUGACAAGCCCCCCCGGAGCCCCCGGAAGCAGGCGGUCCCAAGCCGCAUGCCCCCCACCAAGCCCCGACUGAGCAGCCAGACAGACAAGCCAACGCUGCAGCCCUCAGAGUGCCGGAGGGGGGCUCCCAGCCUCGGCCUUGGGGGCUUCCGGAGCAGGAGGGAGGGGCUGGGCAUGGCUGCCCCUGAGAAAAGGCCCCCACACGGGCCUCCCAGGAGAGGCAGAACUGUCCCUGCCUGUCCCCGAGCUCUCCGCACUGCCGAGUCCCAGAGCCACCUCCUCAGCCAGCUCUUCGGGCAGAGACUGACCAGCUUCAAGAUCCCACUCAAGAGAAACCCUGCCGAGUAGUGUGCACAGGCCUGGGCGCAGGGUGGGGGAUGAGACCCCGCCAAGUGGUGUGCACAGGCCCGGGCCUGAGCUGGGGAACGAGACCCCACUGAAUGGUGCUCACAUGGCCCGGGCAGGGGUGAGAGAGACCUCACCAAGGAGGGUGCACAGGCCUGGGCAGGGGCACAAGUGCGAGCUGUGAACCCAGGCCUACUUCCAAUGCCACAGCACCCAGGUCCUGGAUCAGCUCACCUCAUGGCGCUCCUCUCUUUGAUCCCCUGACUUGGGGUGUGAACUCAGACUGGUGCCAGGGUGGCAUCCUGCUGGGUGUGGGGCUGAGAGCCACUUCUUUGUGCUGGAGGGCUGGAGUUGAAGGUAGCCAGCUGCAGCCCCUGCGAGGCCAUGUCUGUGUCCUUGGCACUGAGCACCUGAGAGAGCAGCCCACCAGCCCCAAGGUGUGCCAAGCGUGGAGGCUGUAGAACCCCUGAGGGUGAUGUUUUGCACACGGCUUCCCCCAAGUGUCUAUCUAGGGGAAUGUGGCCAAGGGGGCGGUGGUGGUAGGUUCCCCUUUAGUCUUGUUGCUGCUGCUGCUGCUGCUGCUGCUGGAAUUCCAAAGUAACCUU